AUGAUUUCCAUCAACUCUAACUUCUCCGAAAAUAAAGAAAAUUAUGACCCGGACAAUAGAAUAUUUUCACGUGCUGGCUCACCUGGAGGAAACAUUUGGCGACGACGACGACGAACAAAAGUUGUACAAACGCCUUCUCGACAAACUAAACGAAUUAAACGUGUUCCGUUGAUGGAAAUCUUUUUGAACGGUUCUCUUGAUGAG